GAUCACGUGAUGACGUUUUGGAACGUUUCAAGUUUUGAACAGCAUUGACUCCAAGACAGAAGCAUGGCGAAUAUUUAUCCCGCUGGAAAGAAAAGAGUUUGUUAUUAUUAUGAUGGUGAUGUUGGGAACUAUUAUUAUGGCCAAGGGCAUCCUAUGAAACCACAUCGUAUACGUAUGACUCACAAUUUACUCCUAAACUAUGGAUUGUACAGAAAAAUGGAGAUUUAUCGACCCCACAAGGCAAACCUUGACGAGAUGACAAAAUAUCAUUCAGAUGAUUAUGUGAAGUUUUUGAAGACAAUACGUCCAGACAACAUGAGUGAAUACACAAAACAAAUGCAAAGAUUCAAUGUGGGCGAAGAUUGUCCAGUAUUUGAUGGUCUUUUCGAAUUCUGCCAGUUAUCAACCGGAGGCUCAAUUGCUGGAGCUGUGAAGCUAAACAAACAACAGACUGACAUUGCAAUAAAUUGGGCGGGAGGCCUGCAUCACGCGAAGAAAUCUGAAGCAUCAGGUUUUUGUUAUGUGAACGAUAUUGUUCUGGCCAUCUUGGAGCUAUUAAGAUAUCACCAAAGAGUUUUGUAUAUAGACAUUGACAUUCAUCACGGCGAUGGUGUAGAGGAAGCAUUUUACACAACAGAUCGCGUUAUGACCGUGUCAUUUCACAAAUAUGGCGAAUAUUUUCCUGGUACUGGAGAUAUUAGGGACAUUGGGGCAGGCAAAGGCAAGUAUUACGCUGUCAAUUUUCCUUUACGAGACGGCAUCGAUGACGAAUCUUACGAACAAAUUUUUAAACCGAUUAUCACUAAAGUCAUGGAAACAUAUCAACCAAAUGCCGUCGUUCUUCAGUGCGGUGCAGAUUCUUUGGCAGGCGAUAGACUUGGCUGCUUCAAUUUAUCUCUAAAAGGUCAUGCGCAAUGUGUAUCGUUCGUGAAGAAGUUUAACAUUCCGCUAUUGAUGCUGGGAGGGGGCGGUUACACCAUACGUAACGUUGCACGAUGUUGGACUUACGAAACGUCAGUUGCUUUGGAUCUUGAUAUCGCGAACGAACUUCCCUACAACGAUUAUUUUGAAUAUUUUGGACCUGACUUUAAACUUCAUAUAAGUCCGUCGAACAUGCCAAACUCAAAUCAACAAGAAUAUCUAUCGAGGACAAAACAGAGGUUAUUUGAAAAUUUACGAAUGAUACCACACGCUCCCGGAGUUCAAAUGCAACGCAUACCCGAUGAUCAUGGCAUGGGCAACGAUAGCGAGGCUGAAGAUGACGAUGAGGAUCGUAAAGCAGACAGCAGAAUCAGCAUCCUUGCAUCCGACAAAGAAAUUGCUAAGGCAGAGGAAUACUCGGAUUCCGAAGAUGAGGCGGAAGAUGGCGUAGGUCGACGACAUGCAAAUUCUCACAAAGACGACGAGCCGACAGCUAAACGGCCAAAAUUCACGGAAAAGACUGGGAACGACAAUGGUGAAGCAAAAGCGAAGGUAGAUGCUAAGACAACGGGCGACGUUUCUGCCGCAAAAAAUGGCUCGUCCGAAGCCGAAGCGCCUCAAAAUAACGAUAAAAAGUCGCCAGAAAAAUCUGUGAACAACGAAGUUGUUGGUGAUGCUAAGGCAGACCAAGCAGGGGAGACGAAUAAUUUACCGCCUACUACAAGUGAUACUAACAAUGCAAGCGAAGAGAGCAAAAAAACUGAAACUCGAUCUGAAAGCCUUGAAAAGGAAGCAACAUCAAGCAAUACCGAAGAAUCAUCAAAACUUUCAAACUUAACAGAAGCCGAGAGUACGACAGAAACUGUUUCCUCCGCUGAACCGGUUGCAGAAAAAACCCAACCUGAGUCUGCUAGCGCCCAGUCCACUGCAUCUGAACACGCUCCGCCAGCAGAACAGCCAAUGGAAUUUUAGAGACCAUUGUUAUUCUCAAUCGUCCAAUACUCCAAGCUUCUCUCCCUACGCCAGCAUAACUCCUAUUCUCUACUUAGACCUUGGGGCUUCAAAUCGUAUUUUUAAUCUGUGCGAAUGUGUAAACUUUCACUAACACUUUUGCCAUGAAGCAGUUUGCAGUUAAUCACAGCUGUGUAUAAAAAUCAUUUUGCCUUGCCAUUUUCGUCGUGCAGUACCAGAAAUAUGAUUUUAAGCUCCCUAGAAUCAUUUGUACAUUUUAAACAGUACAUUUAUUAUGUCCGGAAGCAGUCGUUCUUUCACGGAAUCAGUUCGUGUCAUUUUUUGUACGGCACGAAUCUUAUACAUUUGAAUUAGUUUCUAGUUCGAAAUGAACAAUUCAAAUGUAUUUUGUCAAAAUUGCACUGCUCUAUGACUAGCGUAGUUGGAAAGGAGAUUGGAUAGAUGCAUUUUUUUAAGUUAAAAGUAAAAACAUAUUUAUUUCUAGAUUCUAGAGUUCAUUUUUGAAACAAAAUCCCCGCUCCCCCCUGUAAGUAGUUAUUGCAUCAUAACAAUGCAUAGCUAAAAUGAAACGCAGUUUAAUUGGAAAAUAAUAGGUGAAAUAAAUUGACUUUUGUCUUUA